UUUUAAAUACAUGUCUCACUUUAGUAAACAAAAUUAAGUUUAAGCAAAAAAUAGUUUUAAAAAUGUAAAUAGUGUAUUUUUGAAUAAAACAAGAUUUUUCUUUGCAAUAUAAGAUAUCUAAAGUGUAAAUUAUGGAUGGAAACAAAGGUGCAACUCACCAUAUAAGACAAAAUUAUUGCAGGAAUCGCUUAGAAUACAGAAGAGGUCGGCGGUUAAGAGCUGUUAAGGUCUACACAGUAGCAAAUGAAUCAAAACACCUUCUAGUAUUUGGAGUGCCGAGGAUUAAUUUAAAACAAGAGAUCAAGUGUAAACUUAAACGCUGUGGAGAUAUUGAAUUUAUGCAAUGUGUUACAGAUGAGAUGGCAAGAAAAGUGGAGUUAGAAGCCUUCACUGAUGUGUACCAUGUAAAAUUUACAAAAGUGCAGACAGCGCGCUUUGCUAAGCGGUAUUUAGAUGCACAAGAAUUUUAUGGCGGUAUACUUCAUAUAUCGUAUGCACCGGAGUACGAAACCACUAAUGAACUUCGAGAGAAACUCUUCCAGAGAAAAGCCGAAAUUAAACACAGACAACAAGUGAACGAAAAAUUGGCGUUAAUAAUGUCAACUGAUGCUCAGUGUAGUGAACCGCUAGAUAAGAAGAGAAAGGAACCUUAAGAUACUGACAAUAGACUGGUAUUAACGUAAAAAAUAGUAUAUAAUUUAGACUAAAAAAUAAUCGGAGUGAUUUGGAAAUAUAAGAUUUGCUUUUAUUUGUUCUUGCCUCAUGAAAAAACGUUAGCGAUUUAAAUACAUAAGAAUGCAUAAAAAUA